CUACGACUCCCGAAAGGCAGUUCGGCGGCAUUUACUUCGCCGAAUUCGGUUCCGAAACAGGCGCGGCGCAUUGUAUUUGAAUGCAUGUGGUUAACAUGGAAAGGGAGAGGGUUAGGGCAAAGAAAGGUCUUCCCGAGAGCAGAUCAUAUCUCCUGGUACUUCUCCGUUAAAUCAUCGAAUGAUAAGCGGGUCAGUCGUGGAUAGCUGGGGUGCUCCGCUACUCGGCGUGCGGAAACGUUUGCUGGCUUCCUGAAAGCUGGAGUGCUGGAGAGCUGUCAGUGAAGUUGAGCCCUGAAACUGUUUAUCAUUGAGAGUAACUGUACCUGCCUGUGGUGCAGGUUAUACGGGCGAUCAGAGUCACUCUUUCUCUUCGAAUGCAGACAUGGCUCAUGAUUCAUUGUACAGUUUUCUCUUUAAAGUGUGUUUACUGUCGGUAUAGUCUUGUAUAAAGUAGCGAGCUAUAUGCAAGAUGUCGCUGCUUUUUAUCUAGUGCGUCCGUUGGUUCAUUCCAGUUUCCGAAGCAGAUAAAUACCGCUUAAGUAACAUAACGCGUCCGGAUUAGCCGCGCAAUGGAGGACUUUGGUGAGGAUCUCAACGCCAACCAGCACUGCCGUGCAACCGGAGAUGCCACGCUGGACAAAGCGAUUUAUCAGUGGAUUGCUUGGGAUAAGGUCAGUCAUUAUGCGUCGUGAUGGCGGCACCUAAACUGAUGGUCGCUGCCCUUGAUAAUCGCUGGACUGUCACUUUAAGGCAAUGAUGAAUAGGCAUGUAUAUGCUUUAUAAUUGUAUAUUUCGUGCUCAUGCAUUCGGCGCAGGGUUAUUUUACAAAAAAAAAAAAAGACUCCCCCUGUCUUCCGAAUGUCGUGUUCUGUUUCUGAAGGUAAAAUUACGCUUCUUUUCCUCAGUCUAUAUAUAAACAAGAUUGUUCUACAAGUCCCAUUCUUUGUUCACUGUAUUUGUAAAGAUCACCUUUUCAAUACACUAAUGAAACUGUCCCAGGAUAAUGUAACACAAACAGUAUAACCUUUUUCCAUCUUAUUUUGAGUGCGAGCGAAUGUGACGAACACAUUAUGUUAAUAUUUUGCUUCAUUUUAAAUUUUGUUUCGUUAGCUCUGCUAUACAUAAUUUGGACAUCGAGUUAUCUUCUCGAUAUGUGAGGUGUAUAUGGACUGCUAAUUGACGAGUCCUUUAGGUUUCAAUGUAAUACCGCCUAUUGCCAGAAUUGGCUGUCUCACCUCCGCUCGAAUUGCAUGAAUUGGCAAAGAUCCAGGAAUGUGCUUCCUUUAUCAAAAGAAAAAAACGCAUUAAAUUUGCAGUUGGUUUGUUAAAUAUGUAUGUACAUUAUUCUUCAGUAACCAUGGGCCUUCACAAGAUCAAUGCAAUGGAAAAAGAACAAAUAUUUACAUAUCCGAAAGAUGACAUGACAAUUUUUUUUACAAUGGGUAUUAUGUACAUUUGGCUUACCAUAUUUAACUUUGCAAUAGAAGGUGGUAAGUAUUAAGAAUCAUAACAAAAAAAAAACUCAUUUAUGCAUUAAAUUGUUUAUGCUUUAGAUUAAAUGUUUUCUUCCACAAUUUAGACUUACACUUGGAUUAUUUAAGAACAAAAUAUUGAUUCGAAACCUGGAAACAAAACUAUUCGUUAUUUGCGAUUUGUUAUUGCACAUUGUCCUCAGUACUAGAAGUGUGUGCUUUGAAUUGAACGUCAUGAAUUUGUUAUCCAUUGUUACAUUUAGCCAACUUCAUGUUUUCUUGCACUGUACCAGUGCACUGCUUUGAAUGCAGUGGCGGGUUUGGGGAUCUUCAACUGUGCUGAUGAUCUGGCUGAACUAACUCCCUAAAUGUCAAACAUGCAGCAGAACCUAAACAUGAGACAUGACACUUGUCGUCAGUUCUCCUAAGACGAAAAUGCAUUUUAAUUCUGAAUCAUAGACAUCUGAGAAAUGGGCAAAGCCUCCUGCUUGACCAACAAGCCACAAGUGUUGUUCUGUGGAUUUAAAUACGGUGAACAGAUUGGUACAUUUAUGUUUUUUUCCAGGGUGACAUACAAGCAAGGUGGGUAAUACAGAACAACCAUACUGCUAUCCAGGUUCAAAAUUAUGUUCAUGUACUGAUAAGCUCAACUUCCAAUAAAACAAGUGCACGAUGGAAAGGAGAGCUAUAGGAAUACUGCUUAAUACGUUCCACUAUAAAUGCUAUAGAGCAAUGUUUCCCAAUCCGAUCCUCAGGGACCCAUAGUCUAGUCCAUGUUUUUGCUCCCUCUCAGCUCUCUGCCAGACAGUCUACAUUUUUGCUACCUCUCAGCUCUCUACCAGGAGCUGAGAGGGAGCAAAAACCUGGACUGUCUGUGGGUCCCUAAGGACCGGAUUGGGAUUGCUUUACACAAAUAGCACCCAGGAGAGUAUCUAGUAAGAAGCCAAGUCAAUCGCUUCAAUGGAACAAGUCGAUAGGAGUUGGUGAGGGGUCAGUUGUAGAGGUUAGUAUGGUGUGUGACAGGAAAUUCAGAUUCAUGAUUUGUUUUUUAAUAAAGUGCUAGCUCUUUUACUGGGUCUUUAUUUUUGCAAGUUGGAUGCCCAGGCAUGUAGCAUAUCAACUUUGUGGUGCGUCACUGCAGAGCAGUUUAUUAAAUCUAAAAAAAGACCUAAUGUCUCUGUUGCACUGGCUGCAUUUCCACCUCAUACCUUAACCCCAGAACACGGGCCCAGAUCGAGGCGCUGUUGGGUGAUGGGAAUCUGGAGGAGCUGCGCCGAAGACUUUGUGCCCGGAUGGCGUUUGGGACGGCCGGCUUGAGGUCCGCUGUGGGAGCUGGCUUUGCGCUCAUAAACGACUUGACCAUUAUCCAGUCAACACAGGGCAUGUACAAAUAUCUGGACAAAUGCUUUCCUGAUGUGGGUACCAGAGGUAUAGUAAUUGGCUAUGACACAAGGGGACAGGAAGCAAGUGGCUGUAGCAGUCAACGGCUCGCCAAGUUAACUGCAGCAGUUAUGCUCUGUAAAGACGUCCCCGUGUAUCUGUUCUCUACUUACGUGCCUACGCCCUUUGUGCCGUAUGCAGUGAAGAAGCUGAGAGCGGCUGCAGGCGUGAUGAUCACCGCCUCUCACAACCCUAAAGAAGACAAUGGAUACAAGGUCUACUGGGAGAACGGAGCUCAGAUCUGUGCACCCCAUGACAAGGAGGUUGUCAGGUGCAUAGAGGAUAGCUUGGAGCCCUGGGCUGAGUCUUGGAAUGAGAACCUGUCUGAUAGCAGCCCCUUGCGAAAAGACCCUCUGGAGGACAUAUCUAGGUGCUACAUGGGAGAACUGGCUUCUCUUUGCUUUCACAGGGAGCUGAACUGCAGGACGCCGUUGAAGUUUGUUCACUCUGCUUUUCAUGGAGUUGGGCACAACUAUGUUCAGAUGGCCUUCAGAGAAUUUGGCUUUUCUCCACCAAUCCCUGUGCCUGAGCAGAUGCUCCCCGAUCCGGAGUUUCCCACAGUCAGCUGUCCCAAUCCAGAAGAAGGAGAGUCUGUAUUGGACCUCUCUUUUCGCCUGGCUGAGGACGAGGGUGCUAGGAUAGUUCUGGCCACUGACCCAGAUGCGGAUCGCUUGGCUGUUGCAGAAAUAUGUGACAACAGCCGAUGGAGGGUGUUUACAGGCAAUGAGCUGGCGGCACUGUUGGGCUGGUGGAUGCUGCUGAACUGGAAGGACCAGCAUCCCGAGGCCGCAGAUACGGAGAAGAUGUACAUGCUGGCCACCACGGUGUCCUCGAAAGUCCUCCAGACCUUCGCACGAAUCGAAGGCUUCCACUUUGAGGAAACCUUACCAGGCUUCAAAUGGAUUGGGAAUAAAAUCCAUGAACUCGAAAAGAAAGGGAAGGUGGUUUUGUUUGCCUUUGAGGAAUCCAUAGGGUUCAUGUGUGGAAGCAUGGUUCCUGAUAAGGAUGGAGUCAGUGCUGCGGUUGUGGUGGCAGAGAUGGUAUCCUAUCUGAAUGACAGGAACCUCACCUUGAUCCAGCAGCUGGAGAACAUUUAUGAAAUUUAUGGUCCACAUAUAUCAAGAACAUCCUACGUCAUCUGCCACGAUUCUCCCACCAUCAAACGAAUAUUCUCCGGGCUUCGUAAUUGGGGCGGCAAGGAGGGGUAUCCGGAUUCUUGUGGAGGUUACAAAAUUACACACGUCAGGGAUGUCACUACAGGCUAUGACAGCAGUCAGCCUAACCAUAAAUGUGUUCUGCCUGUGAUGAAGAGCAGCCAGAUGGUCACCUUCACCUUUCAGAAUGGCCUUGUAGCCACACUGAGGACAAGUGGGACAGAACCAAAAAUCAAGUACUAUGCAGAGAUCUGUGCACCUCCUGGAAGCAGGGAUGUUUCCAGUCUGAAGGAGGAACUGCUUAAGGUAACCGGAGCUCUGGUCGAGGAGUUCCUUGAACCUGACAAGAACAACCUUGUACGCCGAUCUGUCUGAGCACCGGUGCCCCUGUCCAUCAACUUAUUUUAAUGGUCUGAUUUUUAUUUUGUUGUGUUAUUGGGACUGCAAUUGCCCUCCUGCGUUGUUGUGUACAAUGUGACGGAAGUUGCUUGCAGUUUCUGUUCAUUUGAGGUGUGCUUUCUACAAGCCAUACUGCAGAUUCAAAGUAAUGCAUCUAUGUAUUGUGCAUAGUAGAUUUUUAGUUUUUAAUACAGGAUUCAGUUUCAUGAAUCAGUCAUGAUAGGUCAACUUAGGGAAGUCCACCUCUGCAAGGUUCACAGUUGUUUUCAGUAAAAUAAGGCCUGGUCAGCUUUUGCUCAUAACCACAUGUAUCCUGCUGUCCUUCAUCUCUCCAUUUAACCACAGCAAUGGCGAACAAUUUUCUUUCAAAUUCAAUCCAGCCCUUUCGUUUGUUACCGGAGACAAAAUCAUUUUUAUUUUUCCAAUAUUGAUUAAUACGAUACCUGUUGCAUUUCCAUGUGUAUUUAAAACUUGCUGUGCAGUGGCAAAUGCAUACAGGUUCAUUGUUGACGAAUCAUGUGCACUUAUGUCCUCAAUGACAUUCGGACAUUUCACAGACUAGAUCAUGGCUACCAUUUUUACUGUUGGUGGUCAAAGUGUCUGUCACAUCUUAAAUAUUUUUAGCACAGGCCGCAUAUUCAUUGCAUUUUAAAUCCAUCAAAAAGACAUGAUUCAUUAUCAUCCCGUAGGGAGAAGCUGAUCUCUUUGUUCCAGUCUGGCGGUGGGAACUAAGGAUAUGAAAUGAAUGCUAUUGAUAUUGCACAUUAGAGAACCAAAGAUCCUAAACAAUUCAGCUUUCUUCAGCUGAAACCAGAAGAGGUCUGAAAACAAGAAUGAAACUGUGAUGUUCUAUACUCUGCAUGCAUACAUUGAAAACUGACCACUUCCAUGAUGCUCAAAAACCAUGACUGCUGACUAUGUGUGCUGCCUUCCCGUAAUAAGUUCCAAAACGCACAAGUUGCAGUGUGACAUUUUGCACUGAAAUAAAUCGAGCCUUCAGGAUUGCAUGACCCCGAAUGAUGCAGUAAAGAAUUUUCCCAGUCAUUACGCUGAAAAUGACAAUCAUAAUGAGCACUUAAUUUAGCGGGUCAUUGUGGAUUUUGUGUGAUGUGAUUAAUCAGUGAUAGGAUUGUUCCCCAACUAUUUUUACAUCAUCUCCCUAAAAGCAUUUCCAACUAUUAUGUAUAUUUCACCUGUAUGAUUUCAGUAUUUUGAACCCCACAGGCAAAUAAAUUAUUAAAUAUUGUUUUUUUGCUGUUAAACAGCAGUAGUCAUUUGUAUUGCUAAGAGUAAUUUAAGAUGACAAAAGCAGAUACAAAAGGCUCAGAUCUAAUCUGGUACUUUCCGUUAUUCAUUUUUUCCUUUAUGCUUGUUUGGCUGCAAAUAAAAAUGAAGCCUUUCUACAUAAAUAAGAGCGAUUUAUUUUUCCAAAUAUAUGACACAACUGAAUUCGUAGAUGUACUGCAGAAGGAAAAUUCAGGCCCCUGUCUCACCAUGACCGUCUACUGAAAAUGUGCUUGGAUGGAUGGCUGGAUGGAUGGAUAGAUGUAUGAAAGUGAUCGUUUUGAAGGGGGACACAGAUUUAAGCAUACACUCAAUAUGUAAAAACAAAAUUCAACAUAGAUGCACAAAUUAUAUGGUGCUUAAUAGUCCGAUAAGUCUGUGAAACACUCCGAAAUCCUGCUGUUUUGUACUUUUGUUAUUAUGCUAUGUGUCAGUUUCUUUCCCAUUGGCAAAAAAGCAGUUAUGUAUAUGAACUAUUUACAAGUAUGACAAGCAUUGGGUAUUAGGGCUGCUAUUAUUUGGGACUUUAAUACAAUACAUUUAAAUAAUUACCUGUGCUGAAUCUUAGAGGAGAUUUACACUCAAAAUGAAAAAUGUUGGAUUAGGUAUUAACACCUCUAGGAUAAAAUCUUAGAAACCCAUGGUAAGGUGGGAUAGCUGGUGAUGGAACUGAAUGUGACUGAAUGUAUGUAAGAAGCUCACAGUUCCAGCUUUUUUGCGGUAGCAGCUAUUGUACUUCCCUAAACCAAAUUUCAUGUUGUAGCUUCUACUGUGAUGAUUGCUCAACAUUGGCUUUAGAUGCAAGCACUUGAAAUCCUGUACUGGAACGAACGUCUGAUUUGUUUUUGGUUCCUGCAAAGAUGCAAAAAAAAAACAUGCAUUUCCUAAUUUAAAGAUUUUACACCAUUGUAAAAGUAGCACUUUAUCAUUUAUUUAUUUUAUUAAUGGUCAUCUUAACCAGGAUUGUAAGGCUGUAUAUUUUUUUCAAGGCUUCUGGGCAUUUCUCUGGUUCCUGGUAGUUUGAAUUGCUCAUUCUUUGAUUUAAGGCUUUUUUAAAUGCAGUGAUGGCCAAAUGACGUGUCAUGAACCAUUUGCUGUAUUUUCUGACCCCACUAGAUGGUGCUCUUGGUUUAUUUUGGGAUAUGCUUUGAGUCCUUUUAUGGACAGAGAGCACCAUCUAGUGGAGUCAGAAAAUACGGCAAAUGGUUCAUGAAGCUUCAUUUGGCCAUCAUUAUUUUAAUGACUAGAACUUUGGUCAUUACAUUCUGUGUAAAAGUGUAAGUGGUUCAUUCAGUGAAAAUGCUGCAGUGGAGUCUCACUGGAAGCACUAUUCUAGUUUGCCGAAAUAUUAAUCGACAUGACAUGCUCCUUUUAGAAAGACUAUAGGUUUGCACUGUCUGUUUGCAAGUUAGGGGUGAAGUAGUCACAAUCUCAUGUCGUAGCACAGUGUUUCCCAAGCUAGUACACAUUUUUGCUCGCUCAAAGCUCCCAGCCAAUCAAGAACACCAAAAUUCUGGUGCGGUUGUGCUAGAAGUUGGGUGAGAGAGAAAACGUGGACUGCUGAGGAGUCCCCAAGGACCGGGUUGGGAAACACUGUCUUAGCACUUAAUUUGACAUAUUUGAGGUACAGUAUACAGAUUUUUUUGGUGACUAGGAAACACUGUUACAUUUACAGAAAUUAGAUCUUAAUGUGUAUAUUCUGUUGUAUUUUCAGGAAUACGGUGGCAUUUUUAGACCGAUGGUAAUAUGUGGGAUGUUUCUUAAAUUAUGAAUUUCAUGCAUUUUACCAUUUUCCUUUCAGGGAAAUAAUUGAUACGUGAAAACAUUAUAAUUACAUAUAAAUGCUCUCUCCAAAAAAUAUAACUAAUAUUUAUUUUUUCUGAAUAUGAUGAAAUAAUUAUUUGUGGAUUGUAUGUGUGUCCAGCUGCUGUAAUAUACCUCAAACUGUUACGUCUAUUUACGGUAGAUCAUCCUCUUAACUUUUUGAAAUAUGGUGAUCCUACUUUCUCGCAGAAUUACCAGAUUGAUUGUUGCAUGGUAAUGUGUGAAUUUCUUGCCUUGUUUUGCUGUGGUUACUAACGAGACUUGCUCAGCACUGAACAAAGUACUUCACAAAUAAUUAAAACAAAAGUUAAAACAA